CUGUUUAGGGUUCCGACUCCGGUCAAGCGUUUCUGUGCCGGUUCCCUUGCCGGCGUUACUGCUACCUGUUGUACUUAUCCAUUAGAUUUAGCCAAAGCACGACUGUCUACUACGGCGGCUUCGCAGUAUCCAUCGCUGUGGUCGGUGUUCGUCAACGUCUAUCGAGCCGGUGGGUUGUUCGGUCUGUAUCGCGGUAUUUUUCCAACGGUUUUGGGUUCCGUUCCAUACGCAGGCACCAGCUUCUUCACCUACGAAACGCUUAAGCUGCUAAACAGAGAUCGCACUGGUAGAACCGAAAAUGUUUUCGAAAAGCUUGGAUUUGGCGCCAUCGCUGGACUUUGUGGUCAGAGCGCAUCCUACCCCCUUGACAUACUUCGCAGAAGGAUGCAGACCGGUGUGAUUGUUCGCGGAACAUCGAUGUUGCAGGUGUAUCGUACAAUACUGAAAACCGAAGGCGUUGUGCACGGCUUGUACAAGGGUUUAAGCAUGAACUGGAUUAAAGGACCAGUAGCCGUUGGCGUUAGUUUUACUGUGUAUGAAACGCUUGUUCGAAUGUUUCGUCAAGUUCCUUACAUCAGCAAAAGAAUUUCUUCAUGAAU